AUGCCCGGCGGUGAUGACAAAUCCUUCAUCAAAAAAGGCUCUUUAGUUGAAGUGAGAAGUGAUUCAGAUGGGUACAAAGGUGUUUGGUACGUGGCCAAAGUAUUGAAGCCACCAUCACCACCACGAUUGACUCCUUCUCCUCCCAACAAAAGGACUAAAAAUGUUCAUAUAGAGUACCAAACUUUGCUACGUGAUGUUGGCUCUGGAAAGGCAUUAACUGAGUACGUUAACUCCUCUCUUGUGAGGCCUUUGCCUCCAAACGAUGAGCAUGACCUUCAAGUCAAUGAUUUUGUUGAUGCCAUGUCUCUUGAUGGGUGGUGGAUUGGCGUGGUUGUGGAAAUAAACCAGGAGUCAAACAUUUACUCUGUGUACUUUGAGAACCCAUCUCAGUUGCUUCAUUUCAAGCGUCAUGAGUUGAGGCCUCACUGGGAUUGGGAAGGAGGCAAAUGGAUCCGACCCCAAAAGCAGGUGGCCAAGAUCAGCAGUCGGGUUCUGCGCCGUCGGAAGUAUGAAGAACAGUCACCCUGCAGUGGCACUGCUAAUCCUGAAGAAACUGAUAUUCUGAUAGCAAAGAAGAAAGGUCGAGCUGGCUGUUUGAAAAGAAAGAGAGGAGAGCGACAAAAAUCAUCGGCUAAAGGUAAAAAGUGUGAUGAAUCCAGUGAUACUGUUGAUGUACUUGUUUUGAAGGACUAUGAUAGUACUGAUGCUGAAUCACCUAUAAGCACUGGAGAGUCUAAACGUACAAAGCAUGAUGGAGUAGGAGAAGAUGUUGAUAAAUUGUUAUUAAAGUAUCACGAGAUUGAUGAUGGAUUAUCAACAGAAAACAUGGAAGAAUCUAAAGUUAGAAAGCAUGAUGGAGCUGGAAGUUCUGUUAAAAAAUUUGCUUUCAAGGAUCAUGCAAUUGAUGCUGAGUCGGCUAAAAACAUAGGAGAUUUUGAAGGUACAAAGAAUGAUGGAGCUGAAGGUGAUGCUGAUAAUAUGGUUUUAAAGUAUCCUGUGAUUAUUGAUGUUGAAUCACCAACAAAUACAGCAGAAUCUAAAGGUUCUAAAGAUGCAUCAGCAGAAAAAGCAGCUAACAUUUCUGAUACAGGUUGCAGUACGAGAGAAGCCGAGAUGGCCAUUGUACAGUUACCGGGCGACAUGGAUACUGCUGCUAAACCUAUAUCAAUGUGGUUUGAUGAGUUAUGCAAUCGAAAAAUAAUGAUAGACUCAAGGUUUCUCUGUGGUAGGACUAUCAACCAGAACCAGAGGAAUAAGGCUAAAGGAAAACUAACUCAAAUUGUAAAGGAAUCUACCGCAAACGACUCAGCCGGUGACAGAGUAAGAGAUGAGAAUCAGUGCUUCCCUGGUAUGGAUCCUUCAUCAAUGCGGAAAACUUUUUCUGAGUCUGUAGAAGUAUUGGAAACAAUGCCACAGAAGCCUCACUUCCAUCCUUUAAAACAAUGCAAAGAGAUGUUUCUCGAUGGAUUAGCAUUUGGUUACAUGAUAACUUUUGCCAAAGUGGUAAAGCGGACAUCUGAUUUACAAGUCAAUGACCCAAAGAGCAUCUUUGAUAGCAUUUCUGAAACUCUUCAAGACAUAGAAUUGCAUGGCUUUGACGUUCAGCCCAUACGGAAUCGUCUGACUGAGCUGCAGUUAAUGAAAGAUAGACAAGAACAGCUUCAAGAGGUUUCGAAAGAAUUUGAACAUCAGAUCUUAGAACACACUCAUGAGCAAAUGAAAAUCAAUGCAGAGUUUGCUGAAGUUGUUGAAGGAAUGAAGUUAUUAGAAGAAAAGAAGAGAAAGAUUAUGUUACUUAUGCUAGAAAAUGAUUCGAAGAUUACUGAACUGAAAUCAGAUUUGGAUGUUUGUAACCAGGAUAUUCAGAAUGCUCAGCUUGAUUUUGAAAAUGGUGGUGAUGGAGAUGAAUUUGAAGGUGAAGGAGGACUUGUUGGUGGAUUGGCCACUGGUGGUGGUGGAGGGGAAUUCAUUGGUGGAGUAAAUACUGGUGGUGGUGAAGGUGAACUCCUUGGUGGAUUAGAUACUAGCAGUGGUAGGGGUGAUGAACUCGUUGGUGGAUUGGAUGCUAUUAGUGGUGGUGAUAGUGGUCAAGAUGAACUGGUUGGUGGAUUAGACAUAGGUGGAGACGGUGGUGGUGAUGUAGAAGGUGAGGAGGUUAUAGGACGUAGAGAAGAUGGUUGUGAUGAUGGUGGUGGACUAAUGGUGGCAGGUGUUGAAGUUGGCACAGCAGUGGGAGAUGAAUUUGGAGGCGCACAGCAGUAA